CAGCGAAGGGAAAGUUUAGUAAAACAACUCUGAGGGGAGGGGAGAAAGAAGUUGGAGAAGGAGAACUCCCAGGCAAAAACUUUAUCCGCGCUAGAGAGGACUCUUGGAAGCUCUUUCAGCAAACUGGAUUACACUAAGAAGAGUUUUCUGCUUAUUAAUGCUGCUAUAAUUCAUUGGAUUAACGAUCACAGAAGGUGCUGAAGGAGGGAGUCAUGAGGGUCAUCUGCUCCUCUCUGGUGCUUCUCACCAUCUGCUUGGUUCACGGGGGUCAUCUGGCAUUAGCUGAAGGUGUCAGCUGCCCGUCCAUACAGGUAGAAGAAUGGAAGUUUCCUCAAACUGCCAGACACAACAUUACAGGUUUCAAUCUGGCGCGCAGUUUCUCCCUGUUGAAGAACAGCGAGGUCAAGAAGAUCCGAAACCCGAGAGGGCCUGUCAUCCUUCGCCUUGGGAAAGUACAACUCAUCCAACCUACAGAUCAAGUGUUUCCUCAUGGACUUCCAGAGGAGUUCACCCUGGUCUUUACCCUGCUGCUGAAGAAGAAAUCUUUGAAUGAUAACAUUUACCUGUUCCAGAUAUCAGAUGAACACGGUUAUCCUCAGUUCUCACUGGACUGGAAUGGUCCAGAUGGUAACCUGGCCCUGCGGGUGAGAGGGGCUGACCCUGAAGGGUCCAUGGUGGGGUGUGUGUUCAAAGGUGACGGUGUGGAAUCCCUGAAGGACAUGCGCUGGCAUAAGGUGGCUCUGAGUCUGCAGAGAGAUGCGGCCUCCCUGCACGUGGACUGCAGCUCCAUUGAGAACAAACCCCUGGAGCUCCGUGGCCAGUUACCCAUCAAUGGACACACGCUGCUGGGUAUGAGGGCUACUGAUGCUGCCCCUGUGGAGAUUGACGUCCAGCAAGUGAUGGUGUAUUGUGACACCUCUCUGGCUAUCCAGGAGGCCUGCUGUGAGAUACCUGGAGCUCGGUGCCCACCGGAUGCUCCCAAGAGUCGACGAGCCGCAGAGAACCAGGUGGAGUUUGUGACCAAUCCCUUCACUCAGGCAAUUCUCGGAUCCAAGGAACUGGCAGAAAAAUGUGCAGGCUGUGUACUGCUCAAUGAGGAAUCGAGUGUUAUUCAGGAGGGCCAUGUGCGUCAGUCAGGCCUCAAAGGAGAGAAGGGAGACCGGGUAAGAAAUGUCAAACACUGAAUCAUACCAAAUAAGUAUUGCUUAGAAGGUGCUAAAGGGGAGAAAGGAGCGAAGGGAGAGUCGGGUCUGGCUGCCAACUGGGGAGAAGCUAUAGGAGUGAAGGGUGACAAAGGACAGAAAGGAGAAGUCGGAGCCACAGGUUUGCCCGGAAAUCCAGGCAAAGAUGGUCGAGCUAAUCCUAUUUGUGUGGUGGGCCCUAAAGGACAAAAGGGUGUUCCUGGUGUAGUUGGUCCAGAGGGGCUUGCAGGAGAAUCAGGCCGCCCAGGACCUCCUGGACCACCUGGAGUUGGAAAACCAGGACCACCAGGGCCCCCUGGUGGAACUCCAGAAUCUAAAGGAGAAAAAGGGGAUUCUGGGAUACAUGGUGAAGACGGAAAGCCUGGAGAACCUGGUCCGAGAGGUCCUUGGGGACCUAAAGGCGAGAAGGGAGAUCCAUGUGAACCAUGUCCAGUGGUGUCUUUUGACUCCAGUGGCAACACUGUGGCCUUUCAGAGCAAGCAGGGGCCUAAAGGAGAACCAGGGGCCCCAGGCAAAGGAGAACAGGGUCCACCUGGCCCUGCUGGACUGGAUGGCAAAGCAGGACAUAAGGGAGAGCCAGGAGCAGAUGGGGCCAAAGGCGUAAAGGGUGAACCGUGUUCUGGCUGCCCUACCAUUGGAGAUAUUCCAGCAGGCAUUUUGAAUCGGGCUCAAAAGGGAGAGAAGGGAGAUCCAGGUGUUGGGCAGAAAGGAGAGCAGGGAGAACCAGGUCCAAGUGGCUUUGCUGGACUAAAAGGGGAAAAGGGUAAUGCAGGCAGCAAAGGAAAUGAGGGGAAAACUGGCAAGCCUGGUCCAAAAGGGUCAAGUGGAAAUAAUGGAGAGAAGGGUAAUCCUGGUCAACCCGGUAUAGGGGCAACUGGUCCAAAAGGUGAAAAGGGAGACUCAUGUGGCGUGUGCCAAGGCACAACCUCUGAGGUGGGAAGUGGCCCAUCUACGAUAAAGGUCACAGGGGAACGUGGCCUUCCAGGACCUCCAGGCCCACCAGGAGAAGGAGUAGAGGGCAAACAGGGGUCACCAGGUCUUCAAGGUCUUCAAGGAGAGAAAGGUGAUCAGGGUUUACAAGGAGACCCAGGUGUGGAUGGGGUACCUGGACCCCAAGGACCUCAAGGAGAAGCAGGCAGGAAGGGCCUUAAUGGACUAAAAGGAGAAAAGGGAGAUGCGUGUGACAGUUGCCCCUCACUCUCUGAAGGAAAUGGCAAUGUUGUUGGCUUACCAGGACCCAAGGGAGAGAGAGGAGAGCCAGGUUUGCCAGGCGAGGGCCGAGAAGGCAAACAGGGUCGGCAAGGCCCACCUGGUAUCAAGGGACCUCCAGGGCUCAAAGGCAGUCAGGGCGAUGCUGGUCCUUCAGGUAUUGGCCUUCCAGGACUGCAGGGUGAGCAGGGACCUAGAGGUUUUCCCGGAGCUGCUGGUCCAGAAGGACGUCAAGGACCCGCAGGGCCAAUUGGACCAGCGGGACAAAGGGGUCCAAAGGGAGAAAUGGGACCACCAGGGCCACAGGGGCCAAUGGGAAUGGGACCAAUUGGACCCCCGGGUAGGGAUGGUACACAAGGAUUGCCUGGGAUUCCAGGUCAGGAUGGGAGUUCUGGAGCCACUGGGCCUAAGGGUGACAAGGGUGAACCAGGAGAGUGCAACUGUUUGAAUAAUAUGUCCCCUGGAACUGGCGGACCUGGGGUCCCAGGUGGUGAGAACAGGUGGCAGUCUGGUCCUCAGGGGCCUCCUGGACCACCGGGCCCUCCAGGUCCCCCAGGGCCCCAAGGCUUUACAGGAAUCCCCGGCCCACACGGUAUCCCUGGCAACGAUGGCGUACCAGGGAAACCGGGUCCACCCGGCCAAGCACCUCCAGUUUUUCUGCCUCAGGAUUCAGCUUCCACAGGCCAGGAGGGCUGUGGCGAUUGCUCCACGGGCCUACCUGGUGUGCCCGGCAAGGUUGGCUCUAAAGGCGAGAAGGGAGAUCAGGGCAAGCCUGGGGUUGUACCCUCAGAAGGAUGCGAACGGUGUCUACAGCCUCAGAGACCACAGAGAGAAGAAACACCAAGUGUGCCUACGAGUAACAGUGGUCAGUGCGUUGGUGCACCAGGGAUGCCUGGAUUCCCAGGGGACCCAGGGGUCAAAGGAGAGCCGGGUCCUAGAGGUGAGCGAGGACCUCCUGGUCUUCCUGGAACCCCGGGCAAUAUUGGUUUCCCUGGUCCUCAAGGGCCUCCUGGACUCUCUGGUCAACAAGGUCAAAGAGGGACAGAUGGACUUCCAGGACAGAAAGGUGAACAGGGUCCACCAGGAAAUCCUGGCUAUCCUGGAAACAUGGGACCGCCUGGACUUCCUGGCCUUAAAGGAGAGCGUGGCAGUCCAGGAACCGCAGGGCAGAAAGGAGAUUCGGGUCCACCGGGAUCUCCAGGUUAUCAAGGACCAGUGGGCCCUGCAGGUCCUAAAGGGGAAGCUGGAACAGCGGGACCCGUGGGACCAAAGGGAGAUCAGGGCUUCCAAGGAUCUCAAGGAUUCCCAGGACAACCGGGUCCUCCAGGUUUCCCAGGAAAAGCAGGUCCUACGGGCCCUCCGGGGCCACAAGCUGAGAAGGGUGGUGCUGGAGUUCAGGGCCAACAGGGACCCACAGGUCCCCCAGGAUCUCCCGGGUCCCCAGGCAUGCCUGGGCCACCUGGGAUGGAAGGACUUGAUGGCAAAGAUGGAAAACCAGGUUUAAGGGGUGAACCAGGAGUGCCUGGCCCUGCUGCACCCAGGGGAAUGCCGGGUUUCAAGGGCAUCAAAGGACACACAGGUCUCCCAGGAAUGAAAGGAGAUAGAGGACCUCAGGGACCUGCUGGAGCAGCAGGAAGGCCUGGUCUAGAGGGAGAUCCUGGUCCUUCCGGACCACAAGGACCACCUGGAGCUCCAGGACAUGUGGGUGCUGCUGGAUCUUCAGGACCACCAGGACCAAUUGGGCCAGCUGGAGUGGGCAUUAAGGGAGACAAAGGUGAGGCAGGAGAGAGAGGACAGUCUGGAUUACCUGGCCCACCAGGGCUCCCAGGACAUCCAGGGCUGAUGGGUGAACCAGGAAGUGAUGGAGCAGCAGCUAAAGAUGGAGCCCCAGGCCUGCCAGGAGAACCUGGUCCACAGGGACAGAAGGGCGAAGCAGGAGUUGCAGGGCAAAGGGGACCCUCGGGAGAGCGCGGACGUCCCGGCCCACCAGGAGGAGGCUUUGGUUUUGGCUCCAAAGGACCAGAAGGGAUCAUAGGACCAACCGGACCCCGUGGCGAGAGGGGAAGCCCUGGUUCACCUGGAACAGCUGGUGCCACCGGACCACCAGGAAUCCCAGGGAAUGAUGCUGUUGUAAACUAUGAUGACUUAAGGUCCUUCAUCAGGCAGCAGGUCAUAAAGAUCUUUGACGAGCGUAUGGGCUACUACAUGUCCCGAAUGCAGAUGCCUGUGGAGAUGGUUGCAUCCCCUGGUCGACCAGGACCCCCGGGGAAGGAUGGAAAUCCAGGCAUGACAGGUCCCCCAGGGAUACCGGGCCGCCCCGGGCAGAUUGGCCGCGAAGGAAGACAAGGACCCAUGGGUCCACCCGGUGGCCCUGGUGUAAAGGGAGAGAAAGGAGAUAAGGGUGUAGGAGAGAUGGGAGACAGUGGCCCUCCGGGUGCUCCAGGUGUUCCUGGUCCUCCUGGUUAUGGUAAGAUGGGACCACCAGGUUCUUCUGGUCAGCAGGGCAUCCCAGGUAUUCCUGGACCUCCAGGACCAUCUGGUGCGAAGGGCAAGGAUGGUCGUUGUCACCCAUCAGACUGUAUGAGUAUGCCUGUGGAGUACAAUCCCAAGGGCCCACCUCCCAAUAGGCCCAUGUACUAGAAUGUGGUUUAAGAGAAGUAAAAGAUGGAGGAUGGCACCCAUUGAUUGACAUUCUCACAAUUACCUACCUGUACCUGCUAAGGCUUCUGAGAAGAUCCAUGGAGAACCAAAGGAUUAAUGUCAUUUCCUUUCCACGUGAUGCAAUGCCGAAACACUGGUUCACCACCAAUGGGGACAUUUAUAAGUUAUCGUCUGCUGAUGAACCAGUGAAGAAAGGCUAAGCAUUAACUUACACCACUACAAUUUGGUGCAACAUCCCAAACUUGAGUGCCUUAACCCCUAAAUACUUGCCCAUAAUGCCACUUGCAUCAUUUCUGAGUUUGUGUUUUACAAUUAUAGACUUCUAGAUCCCUGGACAUAUAAGGUGUUGACAGUCAUUAUUGGUGCCCAGAUUUAUUCAGCAUUCAACAUUUUUCAUUUAUUUUCCAGCCCCCAUAAAAGAUAUUGGUUUCAAUCUGACACUUCACACCAGUCUUCAAGGUCCUUUAUUAAAUAUUAAAGCAAUAUUCUGAGUUAAAUGCAAGUUAAAAUCAUCCAUGGCAUGCUGUUGAUUCAUGCAGGAAUUAUUUCGACUUGUACCUCAGUUUAUGAAAAGAAUGUUGCCAGUUUUGCACUUACAACAUUAUUUUUUAAAUAUAUAUUUUUUUUUUUUCAAAAUGAACCAAAAAUAUUUCCUGCAGAAAAUGCCACAGAUGCUGUUGCUAGGGCUUGUAUUGAAUCUGGAUGUUCCUUUAAUAAUAUCUUUGUGAGGGGGUUGUUUUGACAGCUGCUAAUUUUGCUAUUUAACUGCUUUAGCAAAGACAUUGUGGCAUAAAUAUCCAUCUGUUUCCAGUGAAUAAUUCCUUCCACAGUGUGAGCCGUUUAAUAUUAAAUAGUUUGAGGUUAUCAUUAGGCAUAGAUACAGUUACCUAAUUAACUAUUUUAAUUAUUCAAAAUGAACAUCCCCAAGGGCUUAUGUUGUACAUAUUCAUAUGUAAUGGCUUUUUGUUCCUUAAAAAAAAAAAAA